ACUUUCAAAAUGUCCAUUUUGGUUCUUGAACUAAAAAAAAUGACCAUUUUAUCCCUUUAUUUUCAUUUUUUUUUUAAUUUUAAAUGAUUCAUUUACGAAAAUACAUAGAUCAAAAUUAAUCAAAGUUAAAAGUAUAAUGGUGAAACUGGAUUUAAAAGGGGAAAGGCAGAUUUUCACCAUAGGUUGGUGAGAUUUGGUUUAAAAAAUUCUUAUGGACUAGAGAGAGAGGCAUUGUAGGGUAAGAAAAAUUGAGGUCCCAAUAAGAUAGGGAAAGAGGAAAACCACAAAAACAACCUGAGAGCUUUAUUGAGUCAUUGGUGGUAGCAAUUGAUUUGGUUCUUUGAGGUAUGGAUGGUUCUCUCCUACCAUUUUUCUUUCCCCCCAAAAAGGAGGCAAUAAUGACAGGCAUAAUAUCACAUUUUGCCUGAAUGAAUAUUGCAGAAACAACACUUGAAGAACCAAUAUCGACAUUGUGGCAACCAUCCAUCAAUUCAUCAGAGCAGUUGGAAGAUGAUGGUGAGAAUUGAAAUAGGGAGAGAGGAAAGAUGAACCUGGGAAGAAAUUCAGAAGAUUUGGGAGGAAAAUCAAGGAAGAUGAGGCUGAAGAAGCUGAGAACAAGGGACGACAUGUCGUUUGUGGAAGAAGAAGAUUACCACACAGGAGUAUCAGCCUCAGUUCCAUUCAAAUGGGAGUCAGAGCCAGGAACUCCCAAGGCUAAUUUCCAUGAAAAUGGGGCAAUACUUUCUCCUCUAACUCCCCCACCUUCCUAUUUCUCCAAUGAUCAUAAUAUUACUAAUUCCCCUCUCACCCAUUUUUCUUCUAAGCCCAUUUCUUCUAAGUCCAAUUUCCUCAACUCUGUCUUCAGAAAGCUUUCUGUGAAGCCCACUCUGCAGCCUCCUUCCCCCGCAGGUUCUUUGUCGUCCUCCUCGUCUUCGACUUCUAGUAGCGAAAGACGGAGAUCAGGAAGCCCUAGGAGAUUGUCGUUUGAUUCGAGGGUGGACGAUGACGACAACGACGAUGACGGCAAUGUAGAAUCACCUGUUUCUACUUUGUUCUUUGGACAUGGAAGUGAUAAAGGAUGUUACCCAAAAUUGGUCAAGGUAUUUACUAGAGAUUCUAAAUGAAAACAGAGUUGUAUUAGGGAGACUUUUUUUUUUUUUUUUUAAACAGAGAAAUAUGCCUCUCAUUGCUUGAUCUAAUGAGAAGAGCUACAUGUGAUGUUGUUUUUUUUCCCUUUUUUUUUUGUCUUGAGUUUAACCUUUGAUGAGAGGGGAUGGAAGCAUUAGGACUUGGGAGCUUCAUGUUGUUCAUAAUCUUCUUUCAUAAACAAAAAUGUAUCCAUGCACAUAUUUCAAUUCCAUCAGUG